CUUCAUUUUGAAAUAAUUUUCAGUAACAGCAGAAAUCUAAUACUUGGCAUCAUUAUUUGCAGCCAGAAUGCUCUGACUUGGAUGUUUAUUUAUUUUUUGCUCUUAUUUCCAGGGUGAUGAUUUAUUUAGCCUGAAUCUACAAAUUCAGUUUGGUCCCAUGGAGCGAGCAUCAACUUACUUGCAUACAAUGAGCUGUUCCUAUUUUCCAUGGCAAGCACGAGAAAUCUUGUGUGAGCAAAACUACAUGGAGGUUUCAGUACAAAGAGUAAUACCAGGAAUUGAGAAUGACCACAAUGAAGAUUGGAUGGCAGCAGUUCCAUCUGCUCAAGAAGCUGAAAAUGCCAUUUGGCAAGUUGUAUUUCAUCUUCCUGAAGGAAUGGAGACAAUGACUGUCAAUGAAACAUUGAGUAAUCAUUACAGAAUUGACACUACAGUUUCACGUCUAUUGUUAAGAGCUCCCUACAAUGCAACUGAAGUUGAACUGUUACUGGUGAGUGCAAAAUUGCUUUACAAAAACAUUCGAUCAACUACUUUCUACAAACAAGAAUGGAUGAUCCUCUUGAUUGACACAACAGUGGCCUGUCCUACAGCUAAAAGGCAUUCUUGCUCUUUAACAGGUGGCACUACUUACACUGAAGAUGAGAUCAUCUGGAGAAUACCAAGAGUCAUCCCAACACUUUCCUCUCAUGAAGAACAGUUCUAUGAUAACUCUAUUGUUUUGGGAGUUAAUGGUGUUCCUCUAACCCCAGAUAAAAUGGCAGAGCUGAAUUAUCCACUGGCAUACAAUGACACAAACAUUGUUGUCACUAUUCCUAUUGGAGCAAAAGGUGGAAAUUAUAAGAGCCAUGUAGUUCAAGGACAGUACGGCAUUGUGUACUCGAUAGAACUGCUUGCAGAACAUCAAUGGGAGCUGACCAAAUACACAAUCAUCCAUCCAGUUGCCUCUCCCUUCAUGCCUCGGCCACCAAUUGUGACCAAUAAUACCAUUCCAGAAAAGCGCACAUUCAAUGUUUCUGUAGGAAACUUCCUUCCUGAUGUAGAGCUUGUAGCUUUAACUGUAGGUACACAGAUAAUCCCAGUGGAUGAGGCAAACAAGACUGGGUUCACAAUCUAUGAAAUGCCACUGCCUAACAACACCAAAGUCUACGUAGUGGAAGUUCCAUUUGAGAAUGAAAAUAUAGAGCAAGAGUUUAAUUAUUUUCUCUUUCCUCCAGUAUUGCCCAAGGCUACUGGGUACUGUGAUGAUAAGAACUUGUAUCUACUAGUAACUCAAGGAAAUUUAGUCGACUAUUGGCUUCCAUUCAUUGAUGACCUUCUGAUAACACAACAAUCUUCACAAAAUUAUGGAUACUUGCUUGUGGAUAAUGCAACCCAUAUUUUAAUUGGUGUUCCACUUUCUGGAAGGAGUGUGAUUUAUGAGGAACUGAGUCUUCAAAGAAUUGCAGCAAGACUCAACCUGACAUUGAAGGACAAAAAUACAAUGAAGAUUCAGAUUCACUUUUCUGUAGCCUGCAAUUUUCUUCCUGGAGAUCUUGCAGUGAAGGUGUGUGUUUUUCAAAUCUUGCAAGUAUCUAACUAUUUAAUUUCCUUGUUAGUGUGCUUUCCAAAUGGAACAAUGGUGAUCACGGCAGUUGUGGAUACACUACCUGACCUGGAUCCUGGUAAAAUGGUUCUAAAUGAUGGAAAAUGCCAACCAAAAGAAUUUAACGAUCAUAAAGCACUCUUUAAGUUCAACAUUAAUAGUUGUGGCACCACCAGAACAAUUCGUGGGAAUUACUUGAUCUAUAAGAAUGAAGUUUCAUACCCAAGAGAAGUUAUUCCUGUGAACUUCCCAGUGAUAACUAGAGACCCUGAUUAUCGUUUAACAGUUACCUGUCGAUUUGAAGUGAACAAUACUCUGUCUGUUGGGGUUGUGAAGAGAUACCAGAAAGAUGCCCGGCAUCCUGCCAAUUUGCAAAUAGUGAGGGGUAAGUAUGGCUUGAAUUACUUGCCACAAGGGAAUAAGGCUGGCUUGUCAACCUGUUGUGGAAAAAUUGUUUAUUUCCUCUUCCAGGAGUCAAGAGACCAAGGCAUACUUCAGAACUGUACUCUAAGAUUUACAAAAGUAAGCAAAAUGUUUAUUUGCAAAAGCAAGAUGAGUUUGCUACUCCCCACACUUGCCCAUUUUAAACACAAUCCUUCUGUUUCCAUAGCUGCUGAUUACUUUGAUUUUUACAAGGAUGAAGAAUAUCCAGUGGCUUUGAAUUGGACACAAACCCUUUAUUUUGAAGUUGAGCUUCUGAACAAUAACAAUCGUCAAACUGACCUGGUGUUAGAUCAUUGCUGGAUGACUACAACUCCUGAUCGCAACAGCCUACCGCAAUGGCAUGUUAUCAGGGCUGGUUGUGCAAGCAAUGAAGAAAUAUUUGUCACUACAUUCCAUCCUGCAUCCAACACCACCCAGAACUUUCACCAGCUGAAAAGAUUUGAAGUAAAAAUACAGAAACUAUCUCUCCCACCAGAAACGGUGUUGCCUGAAAAAAUAUAUGGCCACUGCAGUGUUGUGAUCUGCAUUAAUAAUCCAGAUACAAAUUUUUCUUGCGAUGGACAAUGCACAGUAGAAAAAGGCCAGAGUACCUACCUGAACAUGCACAAAGAAUAUGUGUCACUUGGAGAAGUUUGGCUUUUUGCUGGCAGGUUGGAACAUGCAAAAACUGAAGGCGAGUUGACUUUCUUUUUGGAAUGGCAUAUUGCUGAAUUUCAUGGGCACUUUACAAGUGGCAGUGAUUUUAAAUUGGCAGUUUUGAUUCUGCAAAGCUUGGGACUGACACUACAACACACACUUUAUGACCAUUCCAUAUAUUUGCUGACAUUCCUGCGAAGGCAUGCUUUGCUAGACUGCCCAUGUACUUCAGACUUUUUACUGGAGGAGUAGCUUUUUCUAGUUAUCAAUGACAUACAAUAUUGUUUUCUGAAGGUUUGUGCUUUCCGGCAUUGAAAUUGACUUGUUACUAUUGCAUUUCUUUUUGGUGGAGGGAAAGCCAUCCGAGUCUGAUUUGGGGUGGAGAGGGAACUUUCCAAAUAAGUGAUCUUGCAAACUGAGCACUAAAGAGUGGCUGCAAUUGCACACAACCCCAUAAAGCAAGUCACAAGUCUGAAAUUGGAUGAAUUUGAAUGUACUUUUUUCAGAUCCAUUGCUAAUAUAACAUUUCAGUGGGUUGGGCAGAUGCAUGGGAACUGGCAUGUGAAGUAUGAAAGUAUUCAAUCUUCUCUUGAUUUCCAGGUGGACUAACACGAUCGUAUUGGCAAUGGGUGCUAGGAAGCGGUUUGGCAAUUUUCUUGAUUGUUGCAAUAAUUCUUGUAAGAGUGCAUGUGUAUCAUUAGGCAAAUAAAAGUAUAUUGAUUAAACUGGCUUCCCUUUAACUGUCUCAUCCUCUCCUUCAGAUUCUCUGGUAGAUACAGUCCAUGGUAGCUCUAAUACCAUAUUUUAUGUGGAUCUCAAAUCUCCACUUUGCAUGCCCCACUUAAUUCCAGGUACUUUUGAACCGUCUGUCCUAUGAAUUAUUGACUAAUAUGGGUUGGCAAAAGUGGUUAAACUAAAUAUUAUGACAUUGCAAGCAACUUACUAUUUUUAGGUUUUUAAAUAGCUGGGCAAGAUUUCUGUAGUGAAUGUGUAUCCCUACCUGCUUUGAGCAGAUUUGAUCUGCAAGACUGCACUUGACAAAUCUUGUGGUCAAGUCAUGAAUUGAUAUAUCUGCAAAACUGCAAUCCAAAUUCUGCACCUCUGACAGUGGAAAAUACUAGCUUCAUGGUCUUUACCACAUCUAUCUACCAGCCAGGAUCUUAAUUGUGUUUGUUAACCUUCAACUCGUUAAAGGAGUUCAACUUUCAAUUGAACAGAUUAUAGGAUUGGUGUUGAUCUUUCAAGAUUACAGGCAAAUAACCCUUAAUUGGUUUUACUGACAUUGGAAAUUGUACAAGUCCCAUGGAACAAUUGUAUUAUUUUAGUGUAAAGGUUCAUGUGGCAAUAUUGGAGGUGAAACUCUGCUUUGGUUAGAUCGGCUUUCAGUAUCUUUACUAUGAAGCUGUUUUUUCUUUUUAGUGCCUUUUAUUUAUUUAUUUUUUAAAUAAACUUUUACCACCCUGUCGUAUCUCCUACCCUACAGGACCUUAGUAAAAGUAGUGCUGGUACAACCUAGUGUAUCUUGCCAUGGCCAAAAUUAUCAUCUGUGACAAAUGCAAGUGAUCCAGUGUGUUUUUUAAACAAAUAUGAAUUUCCCCUCCUGUGGUGGGAGGAAAAUGUUCAUAUUUCUGCUACCAUGCUAGACAAUGCAGAUUCAGGUCACAGAUGCAUAGAGUCUGCCAUCACAUAACCUGCAUAUUGAUUUUAAGCAAUCUGCAAAACCUUGUGAUAUCUAAGUGAAUGUUCUCCAAUCAUUUUUUUUAGUUUAAAAUAGACUGGCAAGUGGCUAAUUUUGACUUGGUUUUUUCUUCCGAAGAACUUUUUUUUUCCUCUUACACCCCAAAAAAACCACCGUAUUUUCCUGUGCCUCCCUAUAGUAUGCCAUUUGUAUUGAUUCGGCUGCAAUUUUGGUUGGGAGAAAGGAAAAAGUGAUUAAUCUUCAUCUAUACUCCCAUAAAUUUGUUCAUGAGUUUUAGGAGCAGAAUGACACCAUUUAGCCCAUCAAGUCUACUCUACCAUUCAAUCAUGGUUGAUUUCUUUCCCCCUCAACCCCAUUCUCUUGCCUUCUCCCCAUAACUCAUGACGCCCUUGAUAGUCAAAUACACUCGCCCAAUUUUUAAUCUUCAAUUAAGGUGCUAUUUGCAGUGUCUUUUUCUUUUGGUGCCUGUUUAUGAAUGCAAGAUGAAAACAAGCAGCAGUUUUAAAAACAUUAUUUUAAUUCAUCCAUUUUACUCCAUGAAAAGCUCUUCAUCCAACAUUUUCCAUUUAUUUCACAUUGUUUCCUUAUUGA